AUGAUUUUAUUCUUUGGGUUCUGUGCCGCGAUUGCUUUUUCAUUAUGGUGCCGGAGCAAGAGGUAUUUUUGAGUUAAGAUGUCGACUUAUCUUAUAUGUUUAGACGUCAGAAAUCAAUCGCGUUCUUUCAUCCGAAUUGUGCUGAUGGUGGUGGUGGAGAAGCUGUUUUGUGGACGGCAGUGGAUGAAAUUACAAAAAGGUAAUUCGAUAUUUUUUGAGUUAAUUUUGUUGCAGAAGACCCGAUCUGUUUGUAUGUAUAUUCUCUACUCUUCCGAAGUCCGAUGCACUGUGUGAAAGAAUCGAUCAACGUUUUCAGUUUCAACUGCCGUGGAAUUCUAUCGAGUUUAUGCCGUUAAAGUAAGUGUUUUGUUUUUUCCUAUUAUGUUUUUAGGAGCACUUGGCUUUUAAAUCCAGGAAAUUAUCCUUAUUUGACAUUGCUUUUGCAAUUUCUCGCUGGAUUUUUCGUUGGUCUCGACGCGUUGCUGUCGUUGAAUCCAGAAAUCUUCGUGGAAACCACAGGUGUCCCCGCCACACUUCCGGUGUUUCGCAUUUUUGGCGGAUGUACGACAGUGGCGUAUGUUCAUUAUCCAAUGAUUACAAAAGGUAAGCGUUGCCCUUGUUUACAAGGCUUUAAGAAUUUUAGAUAUGAUUAAUCGAGUGGCCUCUAGAAAGGAGAUGUAUAACAAUGCUGGAACGAUUACAAAGUCUUUAAUCUUGACAAAUUUGAAGCUGUUAUAUUAUUAUGGGUUUAGUCUUCUUUACUAUUUGUGCGGGCUCACUACAACAAAGGUCCUGACAAAUGGAACGUAAGCGCAUGCAGUUCUAGUUUUUACAACAAUCUUCGAAAUGUGUGUAAUUCCUGUUUAGAUGGACAAAGGAACAUCUGGAGACUUUGUGGCCCUUUGAAUCGACAAUUUGUUACCCUCCAGUUAAAAUAAACGACUUCGUUCAGAAUCAAAAUAAAGGAGAAAAGGCAUUGGCUGAAAAGAGAUUGAAUGUCGUUUCUCUCGGCCAGAUCAGACCUGAAAAGAAUCAUCGUGAUCAAUUGAAGACCCUGUCUUUGCUAAGAGAAGAAUUUCCUUAUCACAAAAUCUGUCUAAAGAUAAUUGGAUCGAUUAGGAAUGAAGCUGAUCAGAUACUGGCCGAUGAGCUGAGGUGUUUUGCGGAAGAAUUAGAAUUGAAAGAAGGGACUGACUUUGAAUUCGUCCACAAUGCAAAGUUCUCGGAGAUUUUGGAGUUAUUGCAGGUACGGUUUCUUUUGCAGAAUUGACAUCUUUUUAGAAUUCUUUAUGCGCUCUUCACACCAUGGUCGACGAGCACUUUGGAAUUGCAGUUGUGGAAAUGCUGGCGGCAGGCGUCCUGGUUGUUGCCCAUAAGUCUGGUAAGUUAGUUUAUCACAUUAGUUUGUCGCUGGCAUGUCACAAUUACAUAAAACAAUUCAGCUGGGCCAUUGAAGGACAUAAUUGGAAGUUCCGAUAAGCCAGUGGGAUUCCUAGGAGAAACGCCGGAGGGUAAAUUAUGUUGUCAGAAAUACGAUUGCUUUUAGAUUACGCAAAUCAUAUCAAAACGAUAAUUGAAAGUGAAAGGAGUGAGAGAGAAAAAAUUCGGGCGGACGCACUGCAGUGGGUUUCCCAGAAGUUUGAUGAAACCAAGUUCCGAGCGCAAUUUUUAUCUGUUUGUUGUUAA